CUUGUAGUGCCUGAAUCAGUCAUGUUGAAUGAAGAGAGAGACAGGGUGAAUACUUCCACCAUCACUGCAUCAUGGACAAUGGCCAAUGGUAUAGUGGAUUACUAUCAAGUCUCUUGCUCCAAUGGAACUGCUUCACCAGCCCAGGUCAACCCCUCAGAAGACCUGGAAGCGUCUUGUACAAGGCUAUCAACUCCUGGAGAUAACUAUACUAUCUCUGUGACGACAGUCAGCAAUGGUCAAAACAGUGCAGUAUCGACCAUCACAAUCACUGCUUUGCCCUCGCAAGUUACUAACCUUGCAGAAUCAGGAGCAACCAAUGAUUCAGUCUCAGCAACAUGGACCAAGCCGGAUGGUGUGGUCAGUAGCUACAAUGUGACCUGUCCAGAUGGGACCACCCGUACAGAACCCGAGGAGAAUGAUGACAGUACACACUCUGUGACAUGUUCUGGUCUACCAGAUCCAGGACCUGGGGGAAACCACAUUAUCAUGGUUGUAACACUGAGUGGUAGCAAAGCUAGUGAUCCAGCUACAGUUACCAUAACUGCUUUUCCGAACAGUGUGGUUCUAAGAGAAGAUGGAGUGACAACCAGACAGAUAACUGUGCAAUGGGUUGAUCCUGUGGGAGAAGAAGAUUCCUUCAUUGUAGACUGUGGUGAUGAUGGUAGCAAUGACAUCACCCUCUUCCCUGGUGAUGCAACAGACAAUACUUUUGAAGCAACUUGUAACACAUCGGCGGCUGGAGCUCCCUAUGACAUCACUGUGACCAGCGUGAGUGGGGAUAAAGAGAGCCCUGUCACCGGGACUUUUACAGCAGCAACUCCAGAUGGCGUGACUUUUGAAGAAGGUUCAGCAAGCACAACGGCCGUUACUGUCACCUGGAUUGCAUUAGCCAGAGCUGAUGGGUUCAGAGUUAACUGCUCUGAGGGCACCCCAUCCCAUGAGGGCACCCCAUCUCCUGACUCUCCCCUUCCUGGUUCAGCUACUGAGGUGACUUGUAAUGGAGUCACACCAGGGGGCAAUCAUUCAGUUAGUGUUAUCACCCUGGAAAACAAUGGAGAGAGUCCAGCCGCGGUCAUGUAUGUCGUUGCAGUACCUCUAAGUGCUGACCUCGCUGCUGAUACCUCGACAAUAAACUCUGUCAGUGCCAUGUGGCCCUAUCCUGGAGGAUUGGUGGACAUCUUUGAGGUGAACUGCAGCAAUGGUACAGAGAGGAACGCGACAUUGGCUGCUAAUGAAGAUCUUAAUUCUAGCUAUGUAGUUAGUUGUGAUGGUGUGUGGAAUCCUGGAGACAAUUACUCCAUGGUUGUUACAAGUCUGAGCAAUGGAGAGGAAAAUUCUGCUAGCAUCAUACUAACAGCUUUACCUGUUAGUGUAAACCUGACAGCCGGGGGUUCUACAACCAGCUCCGUGACUGCAACCUGGGAUAUUCCUGGAGGCAUAGUGGACGAAUUUGAAGUUGAAUGCAGUAAUGGUACUGCAAGUACCCCUGGUAAUGGUUCGGACCAGGAUUAUUUAGCCUCCUGUGACGAUGUAGACUCUCCUGGAGAUAAUUACACUAUGACGGUCAAGAGUCUGAGUAACACACAGAGAAAUUCAGCUACAAUUGUAUUGACAGCCUUGCCUGAAUCAGUCAGCUUGAAUGAGGCGAUAGACAUGGUAACCACUACCACCAUUACUGCAUCAUGGACCAAGCCCAAUGGUAUAGUGGAUUACUAUGAAGUCUCCUGUUCCAAUGGAGACCCUUCACCAGUCAUGGGCAACCCCUCAGGCAACCUGACAGCAUCUUGUACUGGGCUAUCAACUCCUGGAGACGACUAUACUAUCUCUGUGACGUCGGUCAGUAAUGGUCAACGUAGUGAGACAGACACUAUCACAAUCACUGCGUUACCAGAGGCCGUUGAACUUUCCGAGGGUGAGUCUAACACAACAGUCAUCUCAGCUACAUGGACAGUCCCUAACAGUGUGGUGGAUACCUUCAAUAUCACAUGCUCCGAUGGUACUGCAUCCCCGCCAUCUAUUUCUGUGGACAGCAGUCAAGCCGGGCAGCAGCUGACGGCUUACUGCGUAGGGUUACCCACAUCUGGAGAACAGUACGACCUCUCGGUGGUUGCUAUUAGCAAAGAGAAGCUGAGCGCCGUCAGCACCGUUGGAGUCUUUGCACUGCCCCUUGGAGUUGACCUCGAGGAAGGACCUUCGACCCUGACAUCAGUUAGCGCAUCCUGGAUGAGGCAGAAUGACACCGUAGAGAGUUACAGCAUCACGUGUAGCCAUGGAGACGCAUUCCCAUCCACCAUCGAAGACACCAAUCAAGAAUCAUUCUCAGCAGCCUGUGUGAACCUGACAGGACCAGGAGCGACCUAUAGCAUGAAUGUUUUCAGUGAAGUGGGCACAGACUCAUCCUCUAACGGCACAAGAGCUUCGAGUCUUAUCAAUCUGGUUGCAGUGCCUGCAUCGGUUGAAAGCAUUGCUGUCACUGAACCCACCACAACUACUGUUGAUGUACAGUGGAAUCUCACGCAGUGCUCAGAGUGCGUCUACAACUAUUUCCUGUUGACCUUUCAACCCGACAGUCAGGAAGCAAUCAGAGUAGAUUACAUGGCUGGUGUUAAUGAGUAUUCUUCUCAAGUGUCGGGUUUAAUACAGGGGAGGAGCUAUAACUUCACUGUGGUGUCUGUGAGUGGGGUUGGUGUUGAAGACGCGACACUAAAGACUAGCGAGGAGAAGAGUGUGGAUCAGAGAACAGUUCCUGCAACUCCAUUUGGGUUGGUCAUCGUGUCUAGCCAGCGGGAACUAAACCUGGAAUGGGAGUAUCAAGGAGAUGCAGAUGACUUUACCAUCACAAUCACACCCGACCAUGGCAGAGCCGUGUUCAAUGAAAACUUUACUCGACCGGCUGCAGAGAUCACGGAUCUGACCCCAGGGACAAUUUAUGACAUUGCCAUAGUAACCGUCAGUGGCAAUGAGAGGAGUGAACCCAUAACUGAUACUGCCAGGACCGAACCUGAUAAGCCAAGUCCUGUAGGCAACCCUCAAGCAGAAGUAGUAGAUAAGAAUACAAUCACCUUGACUUAUGAGAGUCCAGAUGAGCCUAAUGGUAAUAUCACGUCUAAUGUGAUAAGCUACAUUGGUACAAGAGAUGACAACCCUAGUCAUGAAUUCAGCAAAGUUUAUAGUCCCCCGGUCCUGACAGUUACAUACGAUGAUCUGUAUCCUGGGUUCUCUUAUACAUUUACGAUAAUAGCAGUGAAUGACGGACCUUUUGAAAGUGAACCAGUUUCAACUGCACCAGUGGAAACGCCACAAGAAGAGCCAUCCCCAGUUCCGGAAGACUAUCCCUAUGAAGCCAAUACAGUUUUCUCUGAGACCUCUACCACCUCGUUCGCUGUGGUGCUUCCAGACGAUUUAUUCAGCCAUGACAACGGUGAACUUUUGAGCUUCGCUAUCAUCAUCACAAAGGAAGCUAAUGAUCAAACUGUUGGCAGCACAGAACUGACUUACGACGAGGCCAGAGCUCAGAAUGGGAAUAUGCCUGCUUACAUCACAGCCAUUGAUAUCCCAUAUCCAUAUCCACCGUCAUUUGGCUCUAAUCGUAAAAGACGGGCAACGGAACCCUCGGCUACAGUAGUCAUAGGUAAUGGGACCUGUGCAGGUAGUCCAAAGGAAUAUUGCAAUAGAGGUUUGGAUGACGACACAGAAUACUACUAUGCGUUCAGAGCAUACAAUGGCAUGGGUAAUGUGACAUCCAGUACAUUUGGACCUGUGAAAACAGUUAAAGACAACACAGCGGGGAUUGCUGCUGGGGUAUCCGUCUCACUGAUCAUCAUCAUCGUGGCUGUAGUGGUAGUUGUCGUGUUCUUAAAAAGAAGACAACCAAAGGAACCUUCACCACGCCCAAGUCUUGAAGGCAGAGAAAAUCAAGGCUAUGAUGGACCUGAUCAUGAAAUGCGACCAACACGAAGAAAAACCGGCGGCUCAAUGCACAGGAAAAGUCAUUCUAAGCCCAUCGUCUUGAAUAAGUUUGAGGGGCAUUAUGGCCGGAUGAAGGCUGAUUCAGAUUUCAGAUUCACAGAGGAAUAUGAUGAAAUCCGUCUAGUGGGUAAGGACCAAGCCAUUGUAUCAGCUUUAGAGAUGGUGAACAGAGCCAAAAACCGAUUCACUAAUAUCCUACCAUAUGAGCAUUCCCGCGUUAAGCUUGCGGCUCUCGCCGACGAUUCAGACACGGACUACAUCAAUGCAAAUUACAUCCCCGGUUACAACUCGCCACGCGAAUUCAUGGCUUGCCAGGGCCCGUUGCCGGGGACGGUGGAUGAUAUGUGGAGGAUGAUCUGGGAGAAGAAGACCUCCAUCAUCGUCAUGCUGACGCAGCUCGUUGAAAAGGGCAAGAUAAAAUGUCAUGAAUAUUGGCCUGCAGAUUACAACCCCGUCACAUAUGGAUCGAUACAGGUCUCCGUACAAGCACUUCAGCAGUAUGACCACUGGGUCAUUAGGGAGUUCAGCAUAUCACAGGGAGAUGAGAUCCGAAAACUUACGCAGUAUCAUUUCAUGUCAUGGCCUGACCACGGGGUCCCGGAUAAGACCUGGACCAUGCUGGACUUUGUCCGAACGGUCCGAGAAGCAAUUCAGAAAACAGCCAGCGAUCGGCCUAUUGUAGCGCACUGCAGCGCCGGUGUUGGUCGGACAGGGACGUACAUCGCUCUCGAUCGGUUGAUGCAGGCCAUGCAGGAGAACGACUACAUCGAUAUCUUUGGGAUUAUAUGUGAGAUGAGGAUGCAGAGAAAUCACAUGGUCCAGACGGAAAAACAGUACAUCUUCAUUCACGAAUGUGUGAUGGAUCUCUUGCGGAGAGGCGAGGAGGAGGAUACAGGGGAGAGUAUCUAUGUAAAUCUUCCUUCCAACGGGUUCAAAGAUCCAGAUGACGUCAACAAGAACCUGCUAGACCAGGCCGUCUAGUGCAUCCUGGGAAGGUUACGAGAGUUGUCUGCAAUAUCUCUUAAAGCCCCACUGCACUACUUACAUGUAUAGCUACUUGCGCCCUCUAUGUAGCAAACAAUGCCUAAUCGGUGCCUGUUGGUCCCCCAUGAUCCUCUUUUUCUUAUGUUAAUUGAUCGAGAGCUGAUGGGAUGGGAUAACCAACUGUUGGUGACCUUGCAGGGAGGUCUAAUCCCCCCUGGCCAAACUAGUGCAGACGGGCUUUAAGCAGGAUUAUCUCAGGAUUCAGGAAAGUUCUGUUUACAGCAGGAAAGAUUUAAAUUCCUCUGAUCUUUUGAUAAUGGUUAUUCAUUGAAGAGACCAUUUAGGAUGUUAAUUUUUAAAGGUCUGAAGUCGAUCAGCAUUUCAUCUUCAAACUGCAACUCUGGUGUUUUAUUUUAUUUUUUAUAUAGUUGUAAAUUUAAUCAUUCAUCUCAACUUAAGUUUCUACUUACAUGUAUAUACUGUUCAUGUAUGUGUAUGUAAACAAUAGGCACACUGCUUAAGUUUUGCCUUUAUUUCUUGUGUUAAAUAUAUCAUGGACUGAAUGAAAUUAUUGUAUCUUUCAACCAAUAUAGCUUUCAUUUUUCUACUUUACCUUUGUCACAUAUUUGUACUUAUUUUUUACCAAUCUGUAAAAGAUUAUCACAACUAUUGAUGGGGAGAAAAAGUUGUUUGUAAUCAUAAUUGACCGUCCAUGUUAUUUUUUAUGGACCAUGAUGCACUAGUAGAGCACAGAGAAAUUGAGUGCACCUACGGUAUACAAGAACAUGAAAAUCUGGGUCCUAUUGUUGCGAGUGAACCGAAUCAAUAUCAACUCCUCCAAUCAAUCGCAAGUUUGCAGUCUCCUAUUUCUUUAAUGAACAAAGUUGCGAUUGAUAUCAAUGGCAAAUAAGUUGCAAUUGAUCCCAACUGUCUAUAAGACGGACCCUGGCAUAUGGACUUUUGAGAUGAAUCACAUUUAAGGCAUAAAGGGUGUCUUGAUAUCGAGAGCAAGUGUACAGAGUGCCUGGCAUUGAGCCCACAACCAUACAACUCAACACAACUCACAAACGUGUUAGUUUGUAUGCAGGCGCAUGUAUAUUGUACAUGUACGUGUAGUCUGCGUUUAAGUCUCAGGUGUUUCAUCUAUUCAAAGGAAUAGGAGUUAGUGCCCUUCUGGCUCCCAGCUAGUAUAAUAGGAGAAAUACAUAAAUAUGUGUGCAUGUUAUGUACAGUGUGAGUUUGAGAUUUUUGUGGUGCAAUGGUGCAAUAUCCACAAAUUUUGCCAAAUUGCUCUCACGUCUUUCUGCACCUUGUUGCAUUUUGCACCAAUGAAGGUGGUUUUGACCUUAACUGUUUCAGUGGUGG